AUGCAAUCUGAAAUAGAAUUGAAGGCGAAAGAGCUCGUGCUUCACUUUGUCUUAAGAGUUGGAUUACAAACGAAUUAUUUUUUAAUACGUGAGUAUGAAAGUAGUGAUGAUGGUUGGAGUUAUAAUAUUACUGGUUCUGAUAACGAUAAAAAUAAUUUAUAUAGUCACGAAUCUAAUUAUUAUAAUAGUUGCAGCUUUUUUGAUGGUGUUGAUG